CGUUGUUUCCGCCACAGCGCUGGAGCAAGUCCUCCGCGCAUGCGCAGUGCGAGCUUGGUGCUGGCAGCGGGACAGAGGUUCACUGGGGGAAAGGUGAGGAGAGGCUCCUCGGGACACAACACCAGUGUUUGAGCUGCGUGUGGGUCAGAGCCACAGUCAGCGUGACCCGGACAAGGGAGAAGAAAUGGCGAAUCAGUUGGCAGAGUCUCUGCCUGAGCGGACUUUCCAGUACCAGAGCAGCCUGCCUCCCCUGCCUCUACCACCACUAGAGAGCAGCCUUUCCAUGUACCUGGAUGCUGUUCAUCCAUUUGCUUCUGAGAAAGAGUAUAAGGCGACCGUGGACAUUGUGAGGAAAUUCCAAGAGGGUGUUGGUAAAGAGCUGCAUCAGAAACUGCUGCAGAGAGCCAAGACGAAGAAGAACUGGUUGGAAGAAUGGUGGUUAGAUGCAGCGUACCUGGAGGUCCGCAUCCCCUCUCAGCUGAAUGUGAACUUUGGAGGCCCGGCGCCCUACCUCGAGCACUGCUGGCCUCCUGCAGAGGGUGUUUUUCUGCAGAGAGCCAGUAUAAGCAUAUGGCACACACUACAGUACUGGGACUUGAUCCGCACCGAGAAGCUGGCUCCUCAGAAAGCUGGAAAAACAGUAUUAGAUAUGGACCAGUUCAGAAUGCUGUUCUGCACCUGCAAAGUGCCUGGAGUGAAGAAGGACUCUAUCCGUAACUACUUCAAGACAGAGCGUGAGGGUCCAUGCCCCUCCCACUUGGUAGUGAUGUGUCGUGGACGGAUCUUCACAUUUGACGCACUGUGUGAUGGACAAAUCCUCACUCCUCCAGAACUUCUCAGGCAGCUGAGUUAUGUGAAGGAGCGCUGCGAGGGAGAGCCAGAGGGAGAAGGAGUCGCUGCUCUCACCUCAGAGGAGAGGACUCGCUGGGCGAAGGCCAGGGAGCAUCUAAUAAGCAUUGAUCCACACAAUAACACCCUCCUGGAAACCAUCCAGAGCAGCCUGUUCAUCGUAUCUCUGGACGAAACCAAACCCUACUCCACUCCAGAGAACUACACAAAUGUGACCCUGGAAGCACUUAAAGGAGACCCCACCAUCCGCUGGGGAGACAAAUCGUACAAUUCAAUCGUCUUCUCAGAUGGCACUUUUGGAUCCACGUGUGAUCACGCACCAUACGAUGCCAUGGUCCUGGUGUCUCUGUGUUGGUAUGUGGACCAACAAAUCAAAGCUACAGAAGGCAAAUGGAAGGGCUCAGAAGCAGUCAGACCCAUGCCCCUUCCUGAGGAGAUGGUGUUUACUGUGGAUGAGAAAGUCUGCAGUGACAUCAGCCACGCCAAACAGCAAUACCUGGAGACUGCACAGGACCUUCAGAUUGUGUGUUACGCCUUCACUGCAUUUGGAAAAGCAGUUAUUAAACAGAAGAAGCUGCAUCCUGACACCUUUGUUCAACUGGCGAUGCAGUUGGCCUAUUACAGAAUGCACAAAAGGCCCGGUAGUUGCUAUGAGACAGCAAUGACCCGCAAGUUCUACCACGGCAGGACGGAGACGAUGCGUCCCUGCACCCAGGAGGCAGUGAACUGGUGUCGAGCCAUGAUCGACCCCUCAUGUGAUGUUAAAGCCAAGAGGAAAGCCAUGCUGCUGGCCUUCAAUCGACACAACAAGCUAAUGGCUGAAGCCCAGGAUGGAAAUGGUUUUGACAGGCAUCUGCUCGGCCUGUAUCUUAUUGCUAAAGAGGAGGGACUUCCCACUCCAGAGCUCUUCAUGGAUCCCCUCUACACGAAGAGUGGUGGUGGUGGCAACUUUGUGCUGUCGUCCAGUCUGGUGGGCUACACCACAAUUCUGGGGGCUGUGGCUCCCAUGGUGCACCAGGGCUACGGCUUCUUCUACCGCAUCAGAGACGACCGGAUUGUGAUCUCCGUCUCAGCGUGGAACUCUUACCGCCAAACAGACGCAUCAACACUAUUUAACCACUUCAGCAGCUCCCUGCACGAGAUGCUUCACCUGGCCACCACAUCUCAGCUUUAAAGACACAGAGGUGCUGAACUCAAGCUGAUUGGCACAUUUGCCUUUUACCUCUGUUUCUCAGUGUGAGCAUCAAUGUACAUUCAGUUCACAAACUUUCAGCUAAUAGCUAGAUAGCUAGCAGAUCAAUGCAAAGACGCAGUAGUUACCUCUCGGUGUUAUUUACUUGUUUUUGAAUUUGAAAACACCAAUUAAGUUUUCCACUUCUUUUGGGGGAAUCAUUAAUCAAAAUUGUUCUUCCAGGUGUAUAUAUAUAUUUGGUAUGAUUCAUGCACAUUUUAGAGUAUUUAAAUGUUGUUUAAUCCAUUUUUAAGCCUAGCUGAUGAUGUUUGCCCUCAGUGGGUAACGAUUCAACAGAAACUGAAGCUCUUCUUCAGGGAACUGUGGAAAAUAACUGCUGCUUUCACUCUUGGCCUUCUGCUGUGAUAAUAAUGUACUAAAGGGCAUUCCAAUAAAACCAAUAGAAAAUAAGUAUGAAAGAAAUUUAAAUGAAACAAUGUUUUUUUAGGUGUGUUUGUUUUAGGUUAGGAUUAGUCUUCCAAUGAAAAGCUACAGAAAUAUGCAACAAAUCAACUAUUAAACAUGAGACUUAAAUGUUAUCAGAAAUCAGCAGUUUGUGUUAUUUUCAUUUCAGCUUUUUGAAAAUUAAAAGUUAUGUUCAUUCCACGGAUCAGAGCCAGAAAUACUUUAUGAAUCCCCAGGGGGAACUCUCCUUUGAGAAACAGAAGAAUCAUAACUAACUUUGAUUUUAUGUGUCCUGCACACUAUGGAGUUUUGUCUGUGUUCAUGUGUUCACAGUUUAUAUUUGGCUAGAAAACAUCACUGAACCUUUCAUUUUUUUAAUUUUAUUUUUGCUGCAUUUAAAGCCUUACACUAAUCUGUGAUCUGCCUGUAACUGACUAAACCUUUGUAAAGUGUGAAUAAGUUUGUACUUGCCUCAAAUACCUGAAUGAAAAGUAGCUCAAUCUUAGAUAUAAAUACUGAAA